UUGAAGCUCCCGGAGCCAACAUGAAUGUGGGCAAAAGGACCGCUGCUGUUGGCUGUGUUUGAAUCUGCCGGCAAGAAGCAAAAGAGUCCAGGACCUAUCGUCGUCUGCUGGCAGAGUUGGAUAGGGAGGGAAAGGAGGGUAGUGACAUAGACCCGUUGUGGGGAGGGACUGGGCCGGUUGAAUACAGUAAUCCCGACCCGCCAAAUUCCCUUGACAAAUCUGCCUUUCGGACCUGUGGUGUGAAAUCUUCCCUCCAUUUCGGGAUCUUCUCCCGGGACUGGGUUGUCCCUCCAGAGUGAAUCCUUGGAAAAGAUGCCAAAGAAGAAGCGAAAAACUGCAAAUGAGCCUGAUUUCAAAGAUCAGGGAGAAGAAGAAGAGCCAAGGGACCUCUCAAAUGCAGAGUUAACACAUUAUGCGGAUACAUUCAUUAUCAUAUCUGACAGCGAUGGAGAGCAAGAGUCCAAAGAGGAGCACGAUCUGCAGCAGAAAAGAACAAAACAGCAACUGGAUAGAGUGAAGUUCACCGCAAAAAGAAAAAUUGCACAGAUGUCAGAAGAUGAACAAUUUGCCUUGGCUUUAAAAAUGAGUGAGCAAGAAGCUAGACAGUUAAAUUCACAAGAGGAGGAAGAGGAAGAACUUCUGAGAAAAGCCAUUGCUGAGAGCCUUAGUAGCUGCCAGCCUUCUGAGUUUUCUGCUGCUGCUCCUGUGCGCCUCCUUUCCCAGGCAUCAGGAUCUCCAGUGCAAAACCAUCCAUCUGGACCAGAAGAUUCUCAGCUCCUUGCAGUUCCACCACCUUGCUCUGAAUCUCCUUGCUCCAAGUGCAGCUCCAUCGCUCCAAGUGACAAAACUGAUGAGAACAGAGAGACAGAUGUCGCCAAGAGUCCCCUGGUAGUACUGAGGAGGUUAAGUCAGGACAUAGUUAAAAGCUCACUAGUUUCUAGCAUAAUUGUAUCUCCAGGGAAGAAUCAGCCUUCUGCAAGGUCAGGCACUUCCUCACCAGCUGGGAACUGCUCCAGUGAUACAUCACAUAGUUCAGAAGAGGAGUUACCUAUUAUUUUAAGUCCCACCUUUCCUCAAAGACCUCGGAGGUCCUGGCAGCUGGCACCCCGGAGACUUUUUAUAGGAAAGUGCAGCCUUCUAACACCAACAGGCAAAGAAAUGGAACUUUCUCAAAAUUACUUAAAAGAAAACCUUCAUGUUGACGGCCCAGAAGUCCUGCAGAAGGAAGCCCAGCAGCAGAGUACUUUUGAUCAUGACACAAGUCCUUCUGAGUUCAGAGAUCAGGCUGAGCAUGGCAAAAAUGCUGAGCUUAUAGAAAACACUGGUCUACCAGAAAGCGCACCAGCAAUUUGCACACUUCCUUGGACUGAUGAGAAAUGCCAACAUGAAGAACCAGGCGUGGUGCACUAUUAUUGGGGUGUUCCAUUCUGCCCCAAAGGAAUAGAUCCUAACAAAUAUACUCAAGUCAUCAUGUGCCAGCUUGAGGUUUACCAGAAAAGCCUGAAACGGGCACAGCGGCAGCUCCUGCAGAAGAAGCCAUUUGGGAAACCAAUUGUUCCUAAUACAAGUUCCCUGAGACAACGUAAACUUGCAAGAGAUGCGAAAACAUCAAGACAAAGAGAAGAUACAGAUGAUCAAGAAGGGGAAGAUAUGGAUGAGAAAAAGGAACCUGAUAAUGUUGCCUGGCUCCUUUCCCGAGUAAACGGAGAGUCUUACAAAUAUCCAACAGGGGAUGUAGCAGAGGGAAGAAACUCUGAGUGUGGAGAUGAAUCAGCGAGCAGCUCUCUUCAGGCUUCUCAAGUGCUGUUUGCAGAAGAUACACUUGAAGAAAGGGAGCCUGUACAGAUUACACAAAGCAUUUCUGCCUUGACUCCUUUGGACAAUACAAAGAACCCAGACAUUGCCACAGAGGAUCAUGCUGAGGAGGAAAUCACCGUGUGCCCUGAAACCCAGCAGAGUCCAUCACAAGCUAUUGAGUCUGAAAGUGGAGAAAUCCAUUCAUCCAGCAAAGAUGCCUUUCUACAGGGUGAUGAAGAUGCAAGAGAGCAUGCACCUGGGCACAGCCCUCAAGCUGAUAACCUCAUGUCAUGUCCGCUGUGCGAACUCAGAUUCCCAGCUUCAAAAAUUGAGCUUCAUGCUAUGAAUUGUAAUGGCACUGGAGAGGACGCAGUUGAAGAUGGUCCAGUAAUGACCCGGCGACAGAGGGAAGCUAAGAGCAAGCUUUCCAGCCGCAAAAAAGCCUCCAAAUCUGUAGAUAUUGACAAAUAUGAAAAGUGUUAUCUUUGUAAAUCUCUAAUACUAAGGAAAGAGUAUCAGAGCCAUGUUGAUGGCUGUCUUUGUAGCCGGAAUGCUGUUGGAACCCAGGGCCACAGGAGGCUGCGGCAUGCAAAAGAGAAGGGAAGGUAUGAAGGCCGAUUACUGAGUAUGCUAGAACAAUCUGAAAACAAGACUACAGAUGCAGAGAUGGCUGCUCCACCAUCCAGAAGAGAAGACUCAAGGCCCAACUCAACAGAAAUGGGCAAGGAACCAGAGUGCAACCAGAAUUCAGAAAGAUUCUUCCCUCAAGGACCCUGCAGUGACUCUCCUAUUAAGUCAUUCACUUCCAUUUCUGAAGCCAAAGAUUGCCUAGUGGACUUUAAAAAACAGUUGGCGAUUAAGCCACGCACUUGGAAACAGACCAAAGCUAGACAUCGGAACCAAAAGAAAUACUGAGGUUGGCAUCGUGGAGAUGACCCCAAAAUAUGGACUCCACUGAGCUUAUUUGGCAGAGACCUCAGCUCCCUAAUCAACUGCAGAUUUUCUUCUGUUAAUUUUUGUAUGAAUUCUCCCAGAAUUUGUCAUGUAUUGACUAUGUACUUUAUAGGUGCCUAUUCAACCUUGCUUUGCAGUAAGAAAAUAAAAUGAAAUAUAUUUAUUAUGUUUUUAUAAACUUCAAUUUCUGCUCUUUAUGAUUUUUAAUACACAUCUUUUUAGCUUAAAGACUGCAUUUCAUC